AUGUCCACCAAGUUCUGCGGUACUAGAAGUUACAUGGCGCCGGAGAUUCUGCUUCUUCAAGAGUACUCCAAUGUGACCUACAAUCCAAUGAUUGCCGACGUUUGGGCAUUUGGUGUGGUUAUGUGGUGUGUAAUCAACCAGAAAUAUCCGUUUGACACUUCAAAACCAGACGUGAUAGAGAAGCAGCUUGCUCACGUCAUCAAGUUCAGCAAAAAACUCAGCUGGGAGCCAAGCGAACAACUUUACGACUUUUUCUAUCGCAUUUUCGAGCCCAACGUCGAAAAACGCAUCAAAAUAUCUGAGUUAAUGAUUCAUCCCUGGGUAGCCGACGCAGUACGCCUUGUAGAAGAGAAAGUGGUCAAAG